AUGGUAAAAGGUACAAAAAAGCAGAAAAAAACUUUACAACCAAUUACUAAAUUUAUUACAAUAAAUUUAAGUAAAUUAACUCAUAAAGUAUGUUAUAAAAGAAAAGCCCCAAGAGCUAUUAAAGAAAUUAGAAAUAUAGCUGGAAAACUUAUGCACACGAAAGAUGUACGUUUAGAUGUAAAGCUAAACAAAUUUAUUUGGUCAAAAGGUAUUAGAAAUCCACCAAAAAGAGUUCGAGUUAAGUUAGAAAGAAAAAGAAAUGAAGAUGAAGAUUCUAAAGAAAAGAUGUAUACAAUUGUUCAACAUGUUAUGGUUGAUUCAUUUAAAGGGUUAGUUAAUGAAUGUGAAGCAAAUGAAUAA